ACCGGUGAAGACAAUAACUCCCCUGGAGAUUUUUCCUACAUGUAUAUAUAUAGUGAUGAUCUUCACAUUCACUUUUAAGUCUAUCUGUUCAUUUCCUCACAGGAUCAAAGAGUUUAAAACUUUCCUUUAAAGCAUAAAUCACUCAGAGGAAUCCAAGACUGAGGCUAAUGGUUUCUCGACAAGAAGGAACCCUCUAUUCUAGAAAGAGGGAUUUCACAACAAUCUAUGAAGAAGAUUUGCAAAAUUCUUUCAAGAAGAGCAAGCAAGAAGAUCAAUCACAGAGCACUCUGUUCAAUGAAAGACCAAACUCAGAGAGUAUGAGAUCAAUCACCUUUGAUUUCGAACUUCAUCUCCACACUCCUCUACCUUCAGAUUGGCAAGCUAAGGGAAAUUCAAGAACAUCUGAAGAUCAUAGGACAUUUCCUAAAGAUCCGGUGAUUGUUGGACGACCUAAGAUGAGCCUAGACCUUGAGUUGAACCUUUCACCUUCGGGUUCACCUUCACGAACCACAACGAAGAAAGAGGAAUCCUCAAACCACAAUGAAACAGUGACACCAAAGGUUAAAAGUCUUACAAACCCAAGUAUGAUCAUGAGCAAUAUAACUGGGGCAGGAUUAAGCCGAUCUCCAUCCUGGCUUGCGUUUGAAGGUGGUGACGAUGAUGAUGUUGAUCACAAGGAGCAAGAGAUGGUAACAACAGUUUGCAUGAAAUGUCACAUGUUGGUUAUGCUGUGCACAUCAACUCCAGUUUGUCCCAACUGCAAGUUCAUGCACCCACACGAUCACAGCUCAACAAAGCUGUUUAAACCACCAUCAAAUUUGCUUAGGCUCCUAUGCUAGGCUCUUUUCAGGGUUAUCUGGAUCUAUGGAAUUUGUACGGAAGAAUAUGAAUUAGAUAUGGACAAAAAGUUAUGUAUAUACUACCAAGUACCAAAAGUUGUUAUUUUAUGCUUCUAUGAACGAUCAUGCAUGCUUUUAGAUCUUUAAACUCUCAACCUAUUAGUAUUUGCAUUGAAUUGUACAACUGAGACUAUAGUAUAGCACUAAAACAUUAAUGGGUAAGCUUUAUUCAA